CUCCUCCCCCCUCCUCCCUUCACCCCUCAUACCCUCCUCACCCUCCUCACCCACACCGCCCCUUCAUUCAGCUUCUGAACCACUCCCUUCUCAAAUUGACUUGGCCAUUGAUGCCACUGACACAACUGAUGUCCCCAAUGCCGCUGUCCCUAAGGAAUGUACUCCCCCCUUAUCCAGAACCCUAGUCCUCGAUGUCCCGGACAUCUCUACUUCCACCCUUGUCACAUCACUACCCCCUCAAGUCUUAGAGACCUCAACUCCCCCACUCCCCACACCCCUGGUACCUGAUGUCCCAGAGACAUCUACUCCUCCCCUCCCCACACCAGUACCCCCUCAAGUCUCAGAGCCCUCUACACUCCCCCUUCCUGACAUCCUGGAUGUCUCUGCUCCUCCCCUCCCCUUACAUAUGUCCUCUUUAGUCCCAGAGCUCUCCUCUUCAGAACUAACCCUACCAGCACCUUCAUCUCAGCCGGUCCCAAAGCCCUCAUCUAUGCUCAUCUCUGCUCCCACUGUAGCUCCCAUCUCAAAACCCUCCUCACUUCCUAUCUCUUCUCCCCACGUACCUCCUAUAGCAAAACCCCCUCUGUCCACUCCCCCCAUUCCUCCUCUCUCAAAACCCUCUGUACCUCCGUCUCCCCGUGUUCCUCCUUUCUCAAAGAUCUCCUCACCCCCUCUUCCUAGACCCUCAGCACCUCGAAAACUCUCUGGUCCACCCCAGCCGAGACCCCCCGUACCUCACCCUCACUCGAUAGCCAAACCCUCCUCUCCAGCUCUCCCCAGACCCCCACUUCUAUCCAUGAAGUCCUCCUCCCCCCCUCUACCCUCCCCACUAGUCCCUCUAGCUCCCAAGCCCGCCCCAGCUUCGGCCUCAUCACCAGCCCCAUCUCCAACCCAAGCCACAGCCCCACGACCUAGCAUCAGUAUCCUGGAGAAACUGAUCAAAACUUGCCCGGUGUGGUUGCAGCUGGGUAUGGCCCAGGAGAGGACCACACUCAUACUGAAGAAAGAAGUACCUGGGAUAUUUUUAGUGCGUAAAAGCCCCGACCAGAAAUCCAUGGUGCUGUCAGUAUGUGUAUCUGACAAGCAGGUGGAGCUUCAGGUCCAGGAUGUUCUGAUUAAGGAGGAGAAGUCACUGAUCUACCUGGAAGGGUCUGUUCUGGUCUUUGACAACAUCUUCAAACUCAUCGCCUUCUACUGUGUCAGCCGGGAUAUUCUACCCUGCACCCUGAGGUUGCCUCAGAUCAUUGUCCAAGCAACCAAGUACGAAGAUAUAGAGAUGAUAUCGACAUUAGGCUCAGAUUUCUGGGGUUCUCAGCUUCACAGCGCCUCAGAAAUGGUCAAACGUGAUGACCAGGGUCAGGACCACAGCAGUUCGUCCUGUGAGAUCCAGCUGUCCACCGGGAAAAGUAAUGACCGUCUGUGGUACAUCAACCCCAUCUUCAUCGAGGAGUACUGCAGCAGCCUGGAGGCCUCCACCCUCGUCCCAGCUCCCAUCCACAGGAGCCAGAGUCUGAACACCCCAGGCCUGGUGCAGGUACCCCCCAAGUUCAAACGCCCCCCACCCAGGCCCCCAAAUGUCCCAGAGGGCUUGAUUCUGUCACAGGGGGCUAAGCAGGGUGCCAGAGGGGAAAGUGUCUCCCCCAGGUCUCCACCGCCACCGCGAACAGUAAUAGCCAAGGCAGCAGGUCAGAAAGCGGAAGGAGACAGCAGCAAAGACACUGAGGGAGAGGGAGCUGCUUCUCAACUCCUCUUGGAGAAAGCGGUGUCAGUUACUGUUACUGACUCAGUAGCAGCUACUCAGCCUCUACAGCCACUGUCACCGCACGGAGGAACAACAGGACAGAAACACCCAGCACCCCGACCACCCCCACACAGGAUACCACUCGUACCCCUUCGGCGGAAACCCUCAGAGAACCGUCCCUCAAUCCCGGGACAGGAGGGCGGUGUUGGUCCAGUGCCUGUUGCUUCACUGGUCUGCAUCGAUGACACCACUAACAUGGCAGAGGAGAAGUUAGGAGUGGAAUCCCAUGCUGGUGAGACAGAGACACUGCAGAACAAAGGGACAUCAAGGGCUUCAAACAUCAGUGAGGUUGUUACCGUGGCUACAGCCCCACUGACGAAGAGGGCCGCACAUCCAGUCCCGCCUCCCAGGAAGAAGAAACCCUCUCAGUUCACGCCCACCAGUCCUCUCUCCCGAAAUGUGAUAAGUGGAGGACAUCUGUCAAUCAAUUCAUCAUCUGAUACCCCCCAGAACUCCAGCACCCCCUCGCCUGCCUCGAGGCCGACCUCCAUCCCCGUGGGGGAGGCCAGGGGGACAGAUGUGUCCUUGUACUCCCCUGAUGGUGAAGCUGUCUUCCCUGCCCUGGAACAUGACUCCUACUCUACCAGCAGUACAGAGGAGGAGGCUGACACUGUGGCCAGCAGGGCUGGAGGGACCGGUGGGACCAACAACACCAAGGUGUUGAUGAAGAGGACCCCUACCAUCAUGCUGGACCGAGCCAAGCACCGCCUCUCCAGCGUGUUCACUAACUUCAUGAACAUCGACCACAAGCUCCAGAAGAGAAUCCUAGAGCUGUCCAGGGACAGGAGCUCCUACUUCGGCACCCUGGUGAAGGACUACAGGGUGUAUAUCCUGGAGACCAUGGGGAAGCACAGCUCCAGCACUGAGCUGCUGCAGGAGAUCAGGCAGAUGAUGACCCAGCUGAAGAGUUACCUCAUCCAGAGCACUGAGCUACAGAACCUACUGGAGCCCAACAUCUACACAGAGGACAAAUUAGAGGUGAUUAUUGAGGCUGCCCUGUGUAAGGUUAUGCUGAAGCCUCUGAGGGAGGCUGUGUAUUCAGGCCUGAAAGACAUCCACGCCAGGGACAGCUGUCUGAAGAGACUGAGGGAGAACCAGAGUGUCGUCCUGGGUACCACCACCACAGAACUGGGGAUCUCCACCAGCGUCCCAGAGACCCCUGUCAUGGAGAAGAUCCAGCUGAAGUUGAUGACCCUCCACCAGGAAUACUCCCCUCAGAAGAAGAUUGAUCUGCUCCUUAAGACCUGCAAGAUCAUCUAUGAAUCCAUGUCUAUAGGCUGUCCAGCAGGGAGAGCCCAUGGUGCAGAUGACUUCCUCCCGGUGCUGAUGUACGUCCUGGCCAGGUGCAACAUGGCCUUCCUGCUACUGGAUGUGGAGUACAUGAUGGAGCUGAUGGACCCUGCACUGCAGCUAGGAGAGGGCUCCUACUACCUGACGACUACGUAUGGAGUGUUGGAGCACAUAAAGAACUAUGAGAAGCAGGUGGUGACACGGCAGCUCAGUCUGGAGAUCCAGAACUCUAUCCACCGCUGGGAGAAGAGACGCACCCUGAACAAAGCCAGCGUGUCACGUUCAUCUGUUCAGGACUUCAUCAACGUGUCAUUCCUGGAGGCAGGGUGUAACACUAAGACCCUGAGGGUCCGCCCCAACACCACAGCCCAGGACCUGUGUUCCCAGUGUGCUGACAAGUUUGAGGUGGCAGAGCCAGAGUCCUACAGCCUGAGUGUGCUGGUGGAGGGCCACCACCAACCCCUGGCCCCUGAGGAGUUCCCCCUCACUAUCAAGUCCAGUCUCCACCACAGUCAGCCCCUCAAGGAGUACUACUUUGUCUACCGGCCUGGAAGGACAGAGUCAGAAGGACAGGAGGCAGAAUCCCAGGAGGCAGAAGGACAGGAGGCAGAAGGACAGGAGGCAGAAUCCCAGGAGGCAGAAUCCCAGGAGGCAGAAUCCCAGGAGGCAGAAGGACAGGAGGCAGAAGGACAGAAGGUGGAGAGCGAGGAGCCAGCUCCCGCAGCCGAGCCAGAACCUGAGGAGGAGGAGAGUCUGAUCGAGAUAUGAUGAGAUCAGUGUGCGGGUGCGUGGGUGUGUGUGUGCGUACAUGCAUGUGUGGGAUAAAGGAUCAAGAAGCUGCUCAAGUGAAUAUAAUGGCUUCUGCCUCAAUCAUUACAGCCAUUUUAAAUUAGAUAUUGGUUUUAGCCUUAUACACAACCAUAUAGACAAUGUUUAGGUCUGCCCUUGACAACGUGGAUACAUUCUGAAAGAAGAGAACCACCAUCCUCACCUCACCUUGAUCUUCAGGUCUAAAUAUCAAAUCACACAACAGGAGACUCAAGUUUACUUUAGCUUCCAUACAGAUGUGCUCUGUCUUAAUUUGAUCCGUUGCUCACAGCAGGAAAAUAAUCCUGCAGCAACAGGAAAUGUGAAUUAUUAUGUGUAUUAUAAUUAAUGGAUAUUUUUGU